UUCACACUCGACUGCCGCGCCGCCCUGGUUCGUCAUAGGGCCUGUGAUCCUCGUUACCCUUGCGCGCUCCUCCUAUCAUCUCGCCUCGCCAAGGUUAGGUCUGGGGUACUAGCGGGUGGUGAUCGACUGGGCCGAUAUAGCUCCCUACCCCUGGUCGCGACGUGCAUCACCGUCGCCUCGGCAUCUCAUCCCUUCCGAACGUGUCCUUUUAACCCGGCUCUGUCCUACCUUCACUACCCUCCUCGGAACUAGGACAAGCUUCACAUGCCGCCACCGGCCUCUUCAGUAGAUUUCUCCAAUCUGCUGAACCCUCAGAGCAAUCCCGUUGAUUCAACGCCUUCCACCCCCGUGGACAGCUCCAAGGGUCCUUCCACCCCAACAAGUACACAAUCCACCUCCAGCAUGGCCUCCUCCGUGAGCCUACUUCCUCCCCUCAUGAAGGGUGCCCGGCCUGCGACCGAAGAAGUGCGUCAGGAUCUUCCCCGUCCAUACAAGUGCCCCCUCUGCGAUCGCGCCUUCCACCGUCUGGAGCAUCAGACCAGGCAUAUCCGCACGCAUACGGGUGAAAAGCCGCACGCCUGUCAAUUCCCCGGCUGCACCAAGCGCUUCAGUCGUUCGGAUGAGCUUACGCGCCACUCGAGAAUUCACAACAAUCCCAACUCGAGGCGCAGCAACAAGGCUCAACAUCUGGCUGCGGCUGCUGCAGCUGCGGCUGGCCAGGACAACGCCAUGGCAAACAACGCGAGCGCCAUGAUGCCUCCUCCCAGCAAGCCCAUGACUCGGUCUGCCCCCGUCUCGCAGGUCGGAUCCCCCGACAUCUCUCCGCCUCACUCCUUCUCCAGUUACGCCAACCACAUGCGAUCAAACCUGGGUCCGUAUUCGCGCAAUAGCGAGCGGGCCUCAUCAGGCAUGGACAUCAAUCUAUUGGCGACGGCAGCGUCGCAGGUUGAGCGCGACGAACACUUCAGCUUCCAUGCAGGGCCACGCAGUCACCACCUGUUUAGCUCGCGCCACCACGGAAGUGGCCGCCUCCCAUCCCUGUCUGCUUACGCAAUCACGCACAACAUGAGCCGCUCGCACUCCCACGAGGAAGACGAUGGCUACUCGCACCGCGUCAAGCGCUCGAGGCCCAACUCUCCAAACUCCACUGCUCCUUCUUCUCCCACCUUCUCCCACGACUCCCUUUCCCCCACCCCCGACCACACACCUCUGGCGACUCCCGCUCACUCGCCGCGGUUGAGACCCCUGGGCUCCAGCGAUCUGCACCUGCCGUCGAUCCGUCAUCUGUCACUCCACCACACACCUGCUCUUGCUCCGAUGGAGCCGCAACCCGAGGGUCCCACCUACUACAGCCCCAGCCAAGGUCAUGUUGGCCCAAGCAUUUCAGACAUCAUGUCUAAACCGGAUGGGACGCAGCGCAAACUGCCCGUCCCCCAGGUGCCGAAAGUCGCCGUUCAGGAUAUGCUGAAUCCCAGCAGUGGGUUUUCCUCGGUGAGCUCGUCCACCGCCAACUCGGUUGCUGGGGGCGAUCUGGCCGAACGUUUCUAGUCGACCUUUUCAGCCAACUCUUGGUUUGUGUAAAAAUUGGGUUCUCAAAAAAUCAGCAGUUCUUCAUGCGCGCUACGACCGAAUAGACUUGUGCAUUUACAGUGGUUCAU